UAUUGCUUUCUCAAAUCCUGGACAAAAUCAUAAGGAAAUGAAGAGAAAAACUUUGAAGAAAGGACUAUUUCUGAAAGGACUCAGAAUAGAGCAGACAGCACAGCUUUGGUGAUUUUUUUGAAUUUUUUGAAACCAACAUUCAGAAAGUGAAAAAACAGUUUUGAUUGUCUGAACUUUUACAAACAGUCCAAAUGGAUUCACUAUGUGGAAGAUCUUUCCUGUCCCGUGUGCUUGGAAAUCUUCAAGAUUCCUGUUCUUCUGUCCGUGUAGUCACAGUGUCUGUAAAGAGUGUCUUCAACAAUUCUGGAGAACCAGGAACAAUCAGGAGUGUCCUGUCUUCAGGAGAAGAUCCUCAAAACAGGAACCGCCUUAUAAUCUUGCUUUAAAUAACUUAUGUGAGUCUUUCCUGAAGGAGAGAAGCGAGAGUUCAUCUGAGAAAGUCUGCUAUUCUCACAAUGAGAAACUCAAACUUUUCUGUCUGGAGGAUAAAGAGCCUGUGUGUUUAGUGUGCAGAGAUUCACAAAAACAUGCUAAUCACACAUUUCAACCCAUCAGCGAAGUUGUUCCAUCUUACAAGGAGGAACUUAAAACAGCACUGAAGUCCUUACAAGAGAAACUUAAAUGCAAAGAAGAAAUGAAAGGAGAGUGCAGUAAAACUGUUCAGCACAUCAAGCCACUAGCGGCACCUGCUGGUGAAGCCGACUAACAGCAGAUGGCGAUCAUGCAUUGGUACGUUACUGUUCUUCCUGCAGUUCCCGGAUGUGAAAUGUUGAAUUUUCUGGUGAAUUUGAACCACUGAAUUUGUGGAAGCGAAUUUGUAAAACGAAAUAAAAUGGACCGAAAAUUGCUAGUUAAAUAUUAUAGGUUGUAUUUUUAAACAGAAUUAAUAUUUUGGAAGUGAAAUCUGAAAGGUGAAUAUAAAUUACUGAAUUUUUAAUAAUGAAAAUGUGUGUGAAAUGUUUUGAAUUU